AUGUCAUUCAAACAACAUCCCGGACUCACCAAGGAGUCUAAUCCUCGCGAUUGGGCAUACAAUCUGGGUGCGUAGGGGUGCAUGUCAUUCAAGACGCAGUGUGCGCUGGGCGACGUCUGCUCCGCUUCCCUUGGCCUCACGAGACCGAUGCCUGGCUCGCGGACUGUUCACACUCUCCUCUUGUCUAUGGCCCAACUUCUCGCUUACAGGUGGCUUGCCUCAGGACGACUCCAUCAUCUUCACAAAGAAGAGCUUCAUCGACUUUUGCAAAGCAUACAAUAUCGAUGUCUCGCCUAGCUUCGGAGAAAUCAAGAGCUUGCCUAGGUGAGUAGUGGAACGCAUAAGCUAUCGGCGACGGGUCGCUCCUGGACGAAACGCGGUCUGGCAUACACCUUGGGCACCAAGCAGCACUUGAGGCAGCGAUUGGCUCUGCAGCGCUGCGCACGCGUCCGCGUCGGGUGAAAUGAGAGCAGACCUGCAACCCCACACCUGCACUGACCAACAUUUGCACUCAUGUGACAGGUUCGCUCAGAUUGGCAAGCUGACCCUCUCCGCUGGGUAUUCAGCUGAGGUCGAGUCAGCCAUCGAAGGUCUUCAAACAGCGUCUUUGGAAGAGCCAAGACGGGCACCUGCACCCCCGAUCUCAUCUGCCGGUGGCCAGCUGGGCGAGCAGAAGAAUGUGGUUCGCGACCCUUCAGGAGAUGCUUUUAGGCCCACGCGACGAGUGCGGUGAGUUUGAUGAACAAAACGCGGUGUGAAGCGACCACUGAUAGGAGCACGGCUGCUGCCUAUGCAUGGUCCAUACCGCAGUGAGCUCAUUGGAGGUGGCUCUUCGGGCGUGACGGCGCUCUUCAGCGAGGCUGACGACGAGGAACAAGCAGCGGCGGCGGCCGAGUCCGCAAGGAGGCGGGGUCUCGCUCCUACCUCUUCGGCGCCUCCUCCUCUCACUACCGCUGCGCCUGUUUCCACCAACCAGGGGGAGUCUGCACAGGAUAUACUGGCGCGUGAGCAGGCGGAGAAGGCCCAGAGCGCUCAGGCUGGAUUCAGACCCACGCGUAGAGUUCGGUGAGUGUAGGCACAGCUCGCAUGCUGUUAGAGUCCUACUGAAAUGCUUGUUGCCUCGCCUGGAAAAUCCGAUCCUGAUCCAACUUCUCGCCCUCUUUCGACUUGAUGCUCUGCAGCGUAAGUUGAUCGGCUCGGCGAAGAUAAAAAGCGCCCUCGUGCGACUCGCCACGCUGCUGACUCGAUUAGGCCAUGUCUCUCAUCCUCAGGAACAAGUGGGGGGUGGAUCCGACGCUAUGCAAGGUAUCUUUGGAGGCAAUUGAAUUGGCUCGAGAGCGAUGCAUCCUGCGCCGCUAUAGCAGCAGCAGAGAGUCGCUUUGGCUUUACCAGCCGCGAGAAGUCGCUCUCAGCAGCAAGCGGACAACCAGCUCGACAAAUGACGAACAGCAACAUGAAAUAGCGAUACCUUCUGUGCCCUCGCGCACCUCUCUCGUUGGCUUCUCAGAUUCCCUGCCCGAGCGAAUUCUUCUAGACUGA